AUGGGUUUUAGGGGUCCCAAGGGUAGAACUCUGGGAUACGAGAGAUUUUCAAAGAUCACUGCCAAAAAUGGUAACAAUUCAGCAGAGGCAUCCAACUAUAGAAAUCCUGGCUUAAAUGCAGCCCAGCGGAAGAAAAAUGCCUUAAAAUCUGAACUUACAGAAGAGCAAAAACAGGAGAUCAGAGAAGCUUUUGAUUUGUUUGAUAGUGAUGGAUCUGGAAGCAUCGACGUAAAAGAACUGAAGGUCGCAAUGCGUGCUUUAGGCUUUGAGCCAAAGAAGGAAGAAAUUAAGAAAAUGAUAGCAGAUAUUGACAAAGAAGAAAGUGGCACCAUUGACUUUGAAGACUUUUUGGCUAUGAUGACACAAAAAAUGAGUGAAAAGGAUUCAAAAGAAGAAAUCUUGAAAGCUUUCAGAUUAUUUGAUGAUGAUAGCACAGGAAAAAUUUCAUUCAAAAACUUGAAAAGGGUUGCCAAGGAGCUGGGAGAAAACUUAACAGAUGAAGAACUUCAGGAAAUGAUUGAUGAAGCUGAUCGAGAUGGAGAUGGAGAAGUAAGCGAGCAAGAAUUUUUGAGAAUCAUGAAGAAAACUAGCUUGUAUUAA